GUUUGCAGGACACAGGAAGGGGCUGGAGCAGCUGGGAGCGGUGGGGGCUGGGAGGAAGGAGCAGGUAGGAAUCAGACUCCGAGAACAAAGCCCAGAGACCGGACCCGGGGCAGCUCCCGGGCGUGGGGAAAUACAAGGAGCUGCUGCCUCCGGUGUGAUCCGGGAGCCCUGAGCUGCUGCUACUCCCCCCAGGAGGUCCGUGCUGGGGGGAGCCCGGCAUUAACCCCUCCCUGCACGGCCGGGGGGGGGCUUUCUCCAGCUGGGACCAGCCCCUGAGCCAGAGGCUGCAGUGGGUGGUGACCUUCUAGGAAGUGGCUGUGCAUUUCACCAAGGAAGAGUGGGCUCUGCUGGACCCUGAUCAGAGAGCCCUCUACAGAGACGUCAUGCAGGAGAACUAUGAGAAUAUGGCAUCGCUGGGGUUUCCUGUUUCCAAACCUGAUGUGAUCUCCCAGCUGGAGAAAGGAGAAGAACCCUGGGUCUCAGAAAUCCAGGAAUCAGAGGAACAAGAGAUCCUGAGAGGUGCCUGCCCAGCAGGUGAUGGGAUAGUGAAUGAGAAGAAGGGUCAGAAUCUUCAGCAGAAGGAUGAUGUGCAACUGGAACCACACAGGAUAUUAUUGCAAAGAUCCAAAGGGAAUGUGUCCAGAAGUCUUGAGCAAGGAAAAUUGUAUGAGAGUCAGCACAGGCCAGAGAGCCAGCCAGGGGAGAAAGAGGGUAAAUCCAUUAAUUGUCAGACAACUCUCAAAGACCUCAGGGGAACCACAGGACAGCACACAAACCUCACAGAAGAGGGAAAAAACUCAUGCACCGAGUGUGGGAAAAACUUCCGAGGACGCUCAGGCCUUAGUAAUCAUAAGAGAAUCCACACGGGAGAGAGACCCUAUGAAUGCAGCGAGUGCGGGAAAACCUUCACACAGAGUUCUCACCUCAUUAGACAUGAGAGAAUCCAUACUCGGGAGAGACCCUACGAAUGCUGUGAGUGCGGGAAAAGCUUCACUCGGCACUCAGACCUUAUUAUACAUCAGAGAAUCCACACAGGGGAGCGGCCCUAUGUAUGCUCCGAGUGUGGGAAAACCUUUGCUCAGCGCUCAGCCCUUACUAAACAUCAGAGGAUCCACACAGGGGAGCGACCCUAUGAAUGCAGCGAGUGUGGGAAAAACUAUACUCGGAGCUCAGACCUUAUUACACAUCAAAGAAUCCACACAGGGGAGAGACCCUAUGAAUGCAGCGAGUGUGGGAAAACCUUUACUUGGCGCUCAGCCCUUACUACACAUCAGAGUAUCCACACAGGGGAGAGACCCUAUGAAUGCAGUGAGUGUGGUGAAACCUUUGCUCAGCGCUCAGCCCAUAUUAGACAUCAGAAAAUCCAUGUAGGGGAGAAGCCCUAUGAAUGCUGUGAGUGUAGGAAAAGCUUCACUGAGAGCUCACACCUUAUUACACAUCAGAGAAUCCACACAGGAGAGAAGCCCUACGAAUGCUGUGAGUGUGGGAAAAGGUUCAGUCAGAGCUCAUACCUUACUAAACAUCAGAGAAUUCAUACAGGAGAGAGACCCUACGAAUGCUGUGAGUGCGGGAAAAGGUUCACUGACCACUCUAGCCUUACUAAACAUCAGAGAAUCCACACAGGGGAGCGUCCCUAUGAAUGCAGCGAGUGCGGAAAAACCUUUACUGAGAGCUCACACCUUAUUACACAUCAGAGAAUCCACACAGGCGGGCAAUCCUAUGAAUGCGUCGAGUGCAGGAAAAGGUUUGCAGAGCACUCAACCCUUACUAAACAUCAGAGAAUCCACACAAGAGAGAAACGCCAUCAAUGCACUGAGUGUGGGAAAACCUUCUCUCAACACUCACACCUUAUGAAUCAUGGGAGAAUCCACACAGGAGAGAGACCCUAUGAAUGCAGCGAGUGUGGAAGAACCUUCACUUGGCGCUCAGCCCUUAGACAUCAGAGAAUCCACAGCGGGGAGAAACCCUAUGAAUGCAGCCAGUGCAGGAAACGCUUUACUGAGAGCUCACAACUUGUUAGGCAUCAGAAAGUCCACAAGGGAAAUGAUAAAUUAUAAAAAACCAUAUCUCGGGCUGACAAAUGCUUUUUUCCCUCUUUAAUACUUUUCCUAAUUCCGACAUCCAGACCGUUAAAGUUAUUUGCACCAUUUGCUUCACCAUGGGCCCUCAUGUUGUUUCCCACCUUUUCUUUUGCAGCUAGCCCUUCUUUGGAGUGAAUCUCAUGGGCCUUUCUGUAAAACUCCAUAGUCCUAUGACUCAUGGGAACGUGUGUCCCUCCUGCCAGGAAUGUCAGUCAGCUCAAGGUGUGGGAGAUAAGGGUGAUCUCAACUAGCUAUAUCAGCGUAAAAAUCUACCUAGGCCUCAUCCCCAGUAGGAUUUUCCAUGGAGUUAGGUAGCUCGUGUUAGCUAUCCUGAUGUAAAAACACAACUAAUCUUACAGUAACAACAUUGCUCAUGUCUAGUGUCCAAGGUUCUCUAGCACAUUUCCUUAUGACCUGACCCAGUCUCCGUUUCCUAGUCAAAGCCAAUCUGGAGCAUUACAUUUAUACUCUUCCUCCCACUGCAAAGUGACUGUUAGAGCCACGGAGUUCACCCUUUGGAACAGAUUGUCUCAUUCCCAGUUGUUCACACAUUGAAAAUGGGUGUGCUGAAGAUGUUUUGUAUCAUUUUCCUCAUUUAAAAUACAUUUAAAUAUAACAAAGAGCAGUAGCAGGGUGGAAAAAGUGUGGUUUCAGCCUCUGUGGCACCUGAAGGUGAUGGGUGAUUUGCAGGGAUUCCAUCCUGUUGCAGUGUUACCUUCUAAGUUUAUCUUCCUCACAUUCUGCCCGUCUACUUCCCAAAAUGUCACUUGAUUCAGUGUCCUCAGCUCUCAGAGGCUAAUACCCUUGAAGUCUAGAAAGGAGCUGUGAUGCUGUCUAUCAGGUUGCCAGCUCAGACCAAGACAGCAGCCUAAUUCACUCACAUGCUAAGAGAAAUCAAAAGAGUGUCAAAAGGUAUUGUACUGUGAUCAGGCCAAUUCACUUCUGUGUUGGUAUAUUUCAGAGGAAAUGUAAUAUAAUUGUUCUCGCUUAUCCAUAAACCUGUUGAUUGCGAUAACCUUACAUUAGCUAUGUCCCUAUACUUAGUUAACCCUAGAUCAAAAGCAUGUGAUUGUAUUAGGAUGAGAAUUUACUUGAUGUGUAAACUUCAUUUCAACUAAUGAAAGAUUGCUUGGAAUGCUCAAAUGAAUGCAUAAUGGUACUAUUCUUGCAUCGGAAUUGGUGCCUUGGAGCGGUAAAUGAAGAAGCAUGCUGACUUCAAAGCAUGGGUCAUUGUGUUUGACAUUGGGAAAUCUACAAACUUAGCCCUGGUCUACACUACACAGUUACGUCAUCAUUAGGCAGCUUAUGUUGACCUAACUAUGUCAGUGUACACACUACAGCCUUGCUCUCACCAACGUAAGGGCCCUACUACACCAACAUAAUAAAUCCACCUCCAUGAGAAGCAUAGAGUUUAUGUCAGUGUAGUUAGGGUGAGGGAGUAUCAGUGUAGACACCAUGUUACUUACAUCAGCUGUUGGCUUACCUCCACCGCAGCCAUGAAAUUGAUAAGAAGGCCCGGCUACCCAGCCAGGCUGCUGCCGGGUCUCUGCUCCAAGCCAGGCUGACACCCAGGCUCCCAAUUUGGGCUGCCACUCAGACUCCCCGCUGGGAGCCCUGCGCCCUCUCCCUCCCCCAGGCUCUCAGUUCCCCACCGGGAGCACAGCAGUUGACUGGACU